AUGGAGCAAUAUCAGCACUUCAUUCCCCAAUUUCUCCUGCGCAAUUUUUCCCAUCCAUACGAAGCGCCGAAAGAAAAGAGGUCCAAGAAGAGGGGCGAAUACCGUUAUGAGAAAGGGAAGCACCCAGGCGACAAAGUGCUCAAUGUCGUGGACCUCACGUCCGAUGAACCGCGGUUGCUCGAGUCUCCGGUAUCCCGUUGGUUCGGCCAGGAGGCCAUGUACAAGGAUUUCGCAGAUGCCAUUAAGAGUAAGAAAGAGGUGGAACAAGAACUUUCCAAACUCGAGUGCUGCACGGCGCAAAUACUUCACAAGAUUAAGAAGGCUCAUGAGAACAGUGAGCCCGGUAUAUGGCUCACGCGGGUAGAGAGAAACAGGCUCCGAAAGUUUCUCUUCAUCAUGAAGUAUCGAGGGCCGGGCUUCUACGAAAAAUAUAUGUCUGAGGAUCCACAAAUGUACGACUCGGAGGACAAGCGCCUUCUCAGGGCAUACAUGACCGACAACGGAAUGACGAGGCCUAGGGAUGUAUGGCUCCACAAUCUCCGCACUAUCCUGGACCUCGAUAUGGAUUCUGAGGGAAAGUGGAUGACCCAGUUGCCGACACUCAUGUUUCCCGCAGACGCCCAAAUGUUUGUCUUUCACGCCCAUUACUCCUAUAUGGCAUUCUGCACACCCACUGCAAAACAUGACGAGUUUCUGCUUACAGAUCAAUGCUACAACGUCUUCGAGGGCCCGAAUAACGAAACCUUCUGUGCCAAAACGGGCGAGUAUUACGGGAACACAUACCUGUGCUACCACGAGUUUGGGCCGGUAACCCCCCGGCUGAUCAUCGUCCUCCGAAGCAAUAUAUUACCUGAAGCGUUAGAGGACGCGGACCCCAGCAUACGGAAAUCACGUGAAAUAAUGCUCGACGCGGUGGCGACGCAGUUUCCGGAUCCAGAGAAGGUCAAGUCUAUCCUUUCCGACCUACCAGUGGCGAAAGCCACGAACUCUUAUACGAGAGUUGUUGACGGCAGAUUAGAACUCGCACCAGGGGCUUCGGGAACAUCGCAAUCUUCUGAUAAAUUUUGCUUUCGGUUUUGGCCAAUUUCUACCAAGCAUGUGGAUACGAUCAAUUCUAUCUUCCUGGAUAAUCUUUUGCGAUGCAAGAGCGUUGUUUUCGCCUCAGCCGCACCUUUCAAACGAACACUGGAGGCUUACAUGUCCACAUCCGCAUAUGGCUUCAAGACAGUCGGCACUGGGGAGCACGGCGCCCGAAAUAGCCGUCUCGUGUGUCUAGAGAAGCUGUCGAGUGUGCUCAAGUUGCUAGGGUCCAAGACCGUCCCCGUCUGGUUUACUAAAGACCAGGAAAGCAGGGGACCAUUCAUUCAGUCUUUCGACGAUGUCUGGCUAGAAAUGAUGAAGAGAAUUCUUAGAGACGGCGAGGAAUUCUCCUCGGAAUCCGAAAAAAGCCCCUUCUUGCAAACCUACCACGUUCUAGGCGGCUCUAGAAGGACGUUUGUCAACGACUUGGACCAGUCAUGGAGACUCUACAAGCUCCAGGCACUGGUAUAUACCCUAACCAUGAAUCUCGAUAUUGGUCUUCAACGAAAGGCGCGUAUGAACGUCCUCGAUCUGAUCCAUCGAACCCACCCCAGACGCGUUUGGCUGUACGUGAAGCACAGAAGAUGGAUGCUCUCGGAUGAAUAUGCAAUGCGGCAGGAAAUAUUCAUUGGUACGGCUCCUUUAUAUGCCGCGAAGACGGAAGCUCUAUUCAGAGCGGAGCGAGAAGAUGAGGUCAUUAGGAGCAAACCCACUACGGAUCAACGGCUGUUGUCUGCCCUCAUCGUCGCGGCCGGAGUGUUUGAAGCGAAGUGA